GGCUGGAAAUUACAAGAAUAAUCUGGGUUCCACGGUGAUGUCAUGUCAAUGGCUGCAACUCUCACUGCUGUAAGAAUUCCCACUUUCCACCAACGCCAUCUCAAACAACACUUCACGGCACCCUCUUCCUCUUCCUUACGCCUCCUCAAUCUCGCAAAGAUGGAAGGAAGUGAGAUCAGUGAGCAAGUAGUAGGGGAGGAUUUGGGAGCAAAGAAGAAAGUUUUUGUAGCUGGAGCCACUGGUAGCACUGGCAAAAGAAUCGUUGAGCAGUUACUGGCAAAGGGUUUUGCUGUUAAGGCUGGGGUUAGAGACAUCGACAAGGCCAAGACAAUCCUUUCCUCUGCCAAUCCAUCUCUUCAAAUUGUGAAAGCUGAUGUCACAGAGGGUUCUGAUAAGCUAGCUGAGGCCAUUGGUGACGAUUCAGAAGCAGUAGUAUGUGCCACAGGCUUUCGCCCGGGGUGGGAUUUACUUUCUCCCUGGAAGGUUGACAAUUUUGGCACAGUAAACCUUGUUGAAGCAUGCAGGAAACGCAAUGUUAACAGAUUCAUUCUUAUCAGUUCCAUUUUAGUUAAUGGAGCUGCUAUGGGACAGUUACUGAAUCCAGCUUACAUCUUUCUUAAUGUUUUUGGACUCACCUUGGUAGCGAAACUACAGGCAGAGAAAUAUAUCAGGAAAUCUGGUAUAAACUAUACAAUAAUAAGACCAGGCGGGUUGAGAAAUGAUCCUCCUACUGGAAAUGUUGUUAUGGAGCCAGAGGACACCCUUUAUGAAGGUUCCAUAUCCAGAGAUCUAGUUGCUGAAGUGGCUGUGGAGGCAUUGGCUUAUCCUGAGGCAUUUUAUAAAGUUGUGGAAAUAGUGUCUCGCCCUGAUGCUCCUAAACGCCCAUACCAUGACCUUUUUGGUUCCAUAAGGCAACAAUGAUGCCUGAGAUUUGGACUUGAUUGCAGAUUAGCAAAUGUUGAUUUGCUUUAUGGUGGCAAAUUUGUAUCUCAACUGUGUUCCUAUGUGUGUUGUUUCAUUCAAUUGGUACACUAGAAUAAUGUGUAAAUAUUUCAGUAUAUCUUUAAUUUUAUUCUCCUACCUGCCAAAUUAAAGGUUGGUAGAUAAUUCAGCACUAAAGAUAAAGCUACUUCUGUUUAGCUAAUUCAA